AUGAGAACACAUUUGAAAGCUGAAGGUUUGUGGACUAUUGUUGCAAAUGACUUUGAAGAGCCACAAAACGAUGGUGAUUUUACAGCAACAGAGAUGAAAAAUUUUGAGGCUAAGUAUCGUCAAGAUGCAAAAGCCUUAAGCAAAAUCCAAAUGGGAGUCUCAAGAGCAUAUAUUUUGCAAAAAUUGCUACUUGAUUGUUUGCACAAGAAACGGGAGCAAGCAAAUUUUUAUGAAAAACAUGAGGAAGAAAGGGAAGAAAAUCAUUUCUUUGCUUCUAAAUCUAAUGCUUCAACAAAAAGUAAUGAAUGGUAUGUUGAUAGUGUUUGUACUAAUCACAUGACUGGAGAUGAAAAGGUUUUCCUCUCAAUUAACAAUAGCAUCACUACUAAAGUGAAGAUGGAGAAUGAAGCCUUAGUUGAUGCGAAAGAUAAAGGUACUAUUUCGAUCAACAUGAAAGGAUGUGGUAAGCAAAUUCAUGAUGUUCUUUAUGUUCCUGACUUGGAAGAAAAUUUGCUUAGUGUUGGUCAACUCAUGGAAAAUGGUUAUUCCCUUAUGUUUAGAGAUAAUUAUUACAAGAUUUAUGAUAAAGUUGAGCUAAAUCAAGUCAUUGUUGAAAAAUUUAAAGCCCUUGUUGAGAAGGAAAAAGGUUGCAGCAUCAAAAUCAUUCGCAGUGAUCGAGGAGGUGAGUACACAAGUCGAGAAUUUGAAGAAUAUUGCAAAAAUGAAGGCAUUCAGAAGCAACUUACAGCAGGGUGUCCAACAAAGGCACUAAAGGACAAGACACCAGUUGAAGCUUGGAGUGGAAUUAAAUCUUAUGAAGGAGAUAUUCAAAAGCAAAAAGCAAGGUUGUUUGCUAGAGGCUUCAUGCAAAAACCAGGUAUUGAUUUUUAUGAAACUUUCUCUCCAAUUGCUCGUCCUGAGACAAUUAGAACUCAAAGUGUUGUUGCUCAAUCCACUGCCGAAGCAGAAUAUGUUUCAUCAUCCAAGGCUACUUCUCAAGCUGUUUGGCUUAGGAGAAUAUUUGAAGACAUUGGUGAAAAACAAAAAAAAGUGAUUGUUCUGUAUUGUGAUAACAAAUCAACAAUUACAAUUGUCAAGAAUCCAGUCAGCCAUGAAAGAUCAAAGCAUAUUUCCAUCAAGUAUCAUUUUAUCCGAGAAGCACAAGAGAAAGACGAAAUUUAG